GCGCGGCGGCGCGAGACCUCGUGGAGCCGAGGCGCGCGCGCCCCCCCUCGAGCGCGAAGCCCGUGAGGAGCCGCCAUGAGUGGCAAAGAAGGGCCAGGCGGGUUUCGCAAAAGGAAACACGACAAUUUCCCACAUGGGCCGAGAAGAGAGGGGAAGGACGAGGGUUCGUCUUCGGCGGUGAUGGCCUCGUUUAAGUUGUUUCAACAGGAACUUGAUACCAGGCAUGACAAAUACGAGAGGCUUGUGAAACUCAGUCGAGAUAUAACUGUUGAAAGCAAAAGGACCAUCUUCCUUCUCCAUCGGAUUACAAGCGCUCCAGAUGCCGAGGAGAUACUGACCGAAUCGGAGAGUAAGCUGGAGGCCGUCAGGCAGAAAAUGAAGCAGGUGGCCCAGGAGCUACUGGGUGAAGACCUGCACCAGUUCCACCGGGCCAUCACUCCAGGUCUCCAGGAAUACGUCGAGGCGGUGUCUUUCCAACACUUCAUCAAAACGCGAUCGCUCAUCAGCGUGGAGGAGAUCAAUCGUCAGUUGGUGUUUGUGACCGAAGCCCCCGGGGAGGAGGAGAAGCAGACGCUCUCUCCUGCGGCCCAGAGCGGGCCGCCCGGCCCCUGCAGCUUGCAGGUGACCCCCGUGGACUACCUCCUGGGGGUGGCCGACCUGACCGGGGAGCUGAUGAGGCUGUGCAUCAGCAGCGUGGGCAACGGGGACAUGGACACCCCCUUCGAGGUGAGCUGCUUCCUGCGGCAGGUGUACGACGGCUUCUCCUUCAUCGGCAACACCGGCCCCUACGAGGUGUCCAAGAAGCUGUACGUCCUGAAGCAGAGCCUGGGCAAGGUGGAGAACGCCUGCUACGCCCUGAAGGUGCGGGGCUCCGAGAUCCCUAAGCACAUGCUGGCCGAUGUGUUUGCCACCAAAGCCGACCCCAUCGACCGGGAGGAGGGCAUCGCGUAGGGGUCGUCACGUCAUGCCUCGGGGCGGGGCGGGGGCCGGCCGCUGUGGCAGUUCUCUGAUCGCGGUCGCCGUGGGGACAGCCGAUCUCUUUCCCCACACGAUGUUGUACUGAACCUUCCGAGUUCCCAAGCAAACGGCCUCUCGCACUCCCAUCAGUAGACGUCCCCGUGCUGCCCGCGGAUGUCCGAGCUGAUCACCGGCCCACUGGUGAUGUUGGACCCCUCCCGGUCCCCGACCCCUUCCCCUUCCACCCCCGUCGCGGCAGCUUCUGGGUUCUGGUGUGUGGCUUGCAGAAGGCUCCGGGGCAUCCUUGACCGUCUCACCUGAUCAGAGAGGACCGUCGCUCUGAUGGAGUGGCUUACCUGGUCCCGCCUCCCGCACCGUCAACCGGCGUUCCUGUUUCCGACCGGGUGCCAAGCCAAGGUGCCCCGGAGAGAGCUGGCCGGUCGGCAGGUGGGCCGGAGGAAGCGGUUCCUCAAACUAGGGAUUGAUUGAUUGAUUGAUGGGGGCCGGGCCCCUGCAGCUUGGAAAGCUGGACUCCCGGCUAGAGUGAUUUCUGGAAGAACGGUCUGAAUGGCAAACUCCCGAUGUCGUUGGCUGUCCUUUUCUUGGCUUGGGUCUCUGUUGACCGUGGCCCCCCUGCCCCUCCGGCUGUCCGCCGGCAGUCAGAACUCGGAGCCGACCGGACUACCCCCCCGUUGCCAGCAAACAAACGCGAAGUAGGAUCCACACUUGGGAAAUUUCACCCUGCCUGGUGUCCCCUUUUCGGUGUCAGGGCCAUCUCCCCGGGCUUCUUGUUUCUUUGGUGUUUCUCUGUGGAAGGAGGGAGGGAGAACUUCCAAGUGAACCAGCUCACCCAAACCCUGUCCACCCUGUGACGUCUGCUACCCGAAGGCGCUCGGGAAACAGAACCAGAGCAGUCGGCCCUCCCCGACUCCAUGGUCAAGCCACCCGCCGACCAGCGGCACGGUUUCGGGGACCCCACCACGUCCCCCGCCCCCAAGCCCACCUCGAACAGGUGCAGCCUUCCACGGUAGCACCUGUACCCACCUGUGAGGGCCACGGUGGCUCCCGAGCCCUCAGGGCCAGGCAGCCCGGUGGUCUGUACUGUGGGGGACCAAGACUCGGAUGUGGCAGGAGUUUGGACGACGCCUCCCCUCUGGGCCUUUCUGAAGUGGAUUUCUGGGUUACUCACGUUCCCCGCCCGACGCUCGCCGUCAUCCGGCCCCGGUGGCGUUUCCCACCAUUGACGCGGUUGUCCUGGCCGUCGUGGGCCCCUCGGUCAGCUGGUGGACUCGGGGCCCCUCUGGCCACCAUUCUGCCGUUCAGCAUCGGUUCAUCAGACUUAAGCCACCUGUUUUCCCCGAAACGUUUUGAAUAAAUCCGUUUUUAAAGUACAAGUCUCACGGAGGUGCCGCCCAUUUAUUCAUCCGAUCCCCAGGGGAGCGGGGAAGGCCAAAGAGACCCAGAGAAGGACAUUCACGUCUGGGAAAGGGAACCGUGACAAAAGGGAGAACUGACACCGGGAAACCAGAAGCCAGGAGGGCAGAGGAAGCGUUUUUAAGGACACGGUGAGACAAAGCCUCAGACUGUUGCAUCCCGGUUGGAAACUGGAAAAAAGUUGCUUUGGAGAGAGCUGCGUGGCCCACCACCCGCAAGAAGGAAAGGGCUGUCUCUGAGGAGAAGCUUCAUGAGGAACGAGAGACACGGAGGCAAAAGAAAACAGCAACAAACAUCGAACGUGGCAACAGGAUGAGGGACAACCAUUUUAUGCGGGCAUUGUGGCCGGGACUGUGGAUCCCACAUUGGCCUAUCCAGCACAUUCUUAGGGAGACCUCACCGUCUCCACUGUCGUCUCUGAGUACGGAGGACAGCUAUAGACACGGUGCUCUGCACAAAGGAAGUGCCUAAUAAAUGCCGUUAUUAUUACUAC